GUAAUCGUAUUUAUGUCAUGCAUGGGGGAAGCCAGCAGGUUUCUGGUCGCCUGCCCUUGUAGUUGUCAUACGAAAAGUAUUAAGACGAUUGCCUUAGCAGACGAAAAACUAUGAAAAGCAUUGUUCGUCUAAUAUUAGUAAUCCAUGACGAUACGAUAAGCAACACGGCCAUAUGAUAGUUUGCCAGUUACACCUAACUUGCUCGAAUCGCUUGUAUACUUUGUGAAGUUGACCGUUCGCGAGAAUAAGGGUAGUUUUCUGUAUGCAUGUAUACAUAUAGUAAGGAUAGUUUUCUACAUGCAUAUAUAAACAACAAUAAACUAUUGAAGUCAAACUAGUAGUAGUUAAAGGUAAUGGUGACGCGGUGCUCGGGCGCAUGCUAACUACCGUUUAGUUGAGGGACGCCACCCAUCAGCCAAUCAUCGCGCAUGGCAACCCGCCUGAUAGUCGUGCCGCUGCCAGUCACCUUUGAAUAACCGGCUCUCUGUAGCGAAACAGGCUUACCCAUCUGAUGUUUCCUUCUUUCCCUUCCCCCUUCUGCUCCUCUACCGCCUCACAGGUCCUCGCUCUUCCGUUGGUCUCCUUAGAUGUGUGUCGCGUGAACAUUAGUCUCCCUCCUCGCUUCAUCUUUUCCUGUGAAGAACUUAUAUUAACACAGCAAUGUACUCUAGUUGUGAUGCUAGCUGGGCUACAUUACCACCACCACCACCACCACCACCACCACCACCACCACCACCACAUCCUCCUUUUCCUCAACAGUGAUGUCCGCAAAUCAAGAUCCUCUUGUGAUUGUAUCCGGUCCCUUGCCUGUGUACAAUAGCAUCCUCCUCUCCUCUCCAAGCGUACCAAGAGCGGAGAAAAAAUAAGGUAUGGCAACAAUCUGCAUCACACCUGCUCUCCUACAAAAGUAAUAAACCAACCUACAAAGUGUGAAAGUGAAAUCCGCCCCAAAGAAUCACAAAAUUGAAAAGAAGAAAAAAAAAACAUCGUGAACUCAAAAGGCGGAUCAUUAAAAGUGACGCAACAUUUCGGUUUCAGGGCGACGAGAAACUUUCACAGGUAAAGAAAGAAAGAAAGAAGAAAAAUCACUCCAGAUACGCAGCAGAGAACCACUUGAAAGACGUCGAAGAUCGGGAGAAAGAGAGAUAUAGAAACUAAAUUGCUUGGAUAUACUGAAGUUUUCCUCGUUAGUGGCGUGUCAAGUGGAGUGUUUAAGAGGCCUCUUGAUGGUGGAGAGGCGAUCCCAGUGCUGACGAGGGAGAGCCGACGUGCUGAGUGGGCCAAGGCGGGUGUAAUUGGCCAUCUAAAGGUGUGUGUGGUGUUACCGAGGCAUUAGUGUUGCUGCUAGAGGAGGAGGAAGAGGAGUUGUGCAGUUUGUGGCCAAGUGGUACAAGUGAUGCCUCGAAAUUGAUAUCGUGUAGUGUUGAGGUGCUUUGGCACGGGACGGCAGUGCGGCGGUGCUGUGAGAAAGUGAUAGUGAUAGUAGUAGUAGUGUGUCUGUGCGCCGAGCAACGUCCGGGAAGUACAGCUUUGUGUACAGAUUUGGGUUGCCUUACCGCGGUGGAGUGUUCGUGCGCCGCGGUACUGGUGCGGUGAGGGACUGAACUGACAAAGAGAGAGAGAGAGAGAGAGAGAGAGAGAGAGAGGGAGGCGGAUGACUCAAUCACACCUCCAUGACCAGAUGACCAGAACUUUCCGCCCCAAGUGAUUUCCACCCUUUCGCCUCUCCCUCUUCCUUCUGUGUUCCCUCUCCUUCUCCCUCUUCCCUCCGAGCCAUGGAUGAGAAGACUCCCCUGCCCCGCAACUCCACCACCACCGCACCCAACAGUCAACCAAACGGGAAGUACGACUACUACUCCGACUACGUGUACGACCCCGUGCCCAGCUACCAUGAGGCGUACAGAGACUACGACUAUGCCAAGUCUCCCGUUAACCUCCACCUGCAGCCGACCCCCCGCACGACUACCUCCCCACCGAGGAGAACGACCACGACCUGCGCCUGGUGGGGGGAGGAGGCGUGGGGAGGGGACGAAGGGACGGCUUAGGUGGGCGAGGAGGUGCGGCGGGAAUGGUUGGAGGAGGAGGAAGGAUCAACAAUGGCCGAAGAAUGAACGAGGAAAUGAGAGAGCUUCCACAGCAAGAUGGAAGGGGAGGAGGAGGAGGAGGAGGAGGAGGUGGUGGAGGUGGAGGAGGAGGAGAAGGAAGAGGAGGAGGAAGAGGAAGAGGAGGAGAAAGCGGAGGGAAUGAAGAGGAGGAGGAGGUUCUGGAGGGGCCCAAGAGGUGGUUUUCUCUUGUUAUUCUCCUGCUGGUGCUUCUAGUCGUGAUCUUCGUGGUCGUGGCCAUCGUCAUCUUGUACCUCAACUACAUGACCUACGAUGGGACAGCAAUGUUGGCGGGGGACCAGCUGCAACAUGACCCGUGCCUGGGCGUGGUGUGUCCCAUGGGGGAGUGCCACAGGGGCCAGUGCGUGUGUCCCAGCGGCUGCCGGAGUGAUUUGCCCGUUUGUGGCACCGACGGGCUUACCUAUGCUUCUCGGUGCCACCUGGAGCGCCACGCCUGUGCCUCCUCCAACGCUAAUAUCACCCUCAGUCACACCGGACCCUGCCAAACCCCCGUGGACCCGUGCGAAGGCGUGCAGUGCCGAGCGGGCGCUGAGUGCCGCGCGGGGGAGGAUGGCCAGCACGGGUUGUCGCUGCAUCUCCCACUGCCCUCAGAACGACUCCCGGCGCACCGUCUGUGGGUCUGACGGCACGGACUACAGCAGUGAAUGUGAGCUGGCCAGGACCUCGUGUCUCCUGCAGCAGCACGUGAAGGUCCGCUACAGUGGCAUGUGUGACCCGUGCGGCCACAUGGUGUGUCUGAGGGGCCAGGUGUGCCUCGUGGACCAGGAGAGGGUGCCGCGUUGUCUCUGCAACUCCACCUGCCCCACCACGCUAUCCCCCGUGUGUGCCAGCGACGGGACCACCUACAGUAACGAGUGUAUGAUGAACUUCGAGGCGUGUCGGCAGAGAAACACUCUCACUAUUCUGUACAGGGGCGAGUGUUCUUCAGGAGUGAACCCGUGUCGCGAGGUGGGGUGUCGGGCCGGGCAGGUGUGCAUGGUGAACCAGUACGGAGUGGCGACCUGUCAGUGCCCGCAUUCCUGUGCUCCAGUGGUGACUCCUGUGUGUGGCACUGACGGGGUCACCUACGAGAGCCGCUGUCACCUGGAGAUGGAGGCGUGUGUCAUGCAGCGGUCCAUCACGGUGGCAUUUGUGGGCUCCUGCAGUAAGUGAUGAAUGAAUUUUAGC